GCUCCUGCCUUACACCAGACUCUGCCCCAGCCCCGAUCUGCUCCUUCCCGGGCUCGGCUCCUGCCGGGAUCCAACGCCCACACGCCCCGCGGUGCAGCUGUCCCAGCCCUGCGGUCUGUCGCCUGCGCUCCUGUCCCGGGUACGCAGCCGGGUGCCCCUGGAUCGGUCCGCCCUCCCCGCGGUCUCCCCGCUAGCCGGCCCCUGCGCCCCGCUAGCCGCUCCCCGGCACUCUCGGGGGGCCCGCCCGCCCUGCACCCUGGAGCGCCGGGCCGCGAGCCUCUGCCAGCUUCUCUGGAUCCUAGCGGCCGUGGGCAGCGGCGGCCGCGCCUGCCCGCCCCAAGGAGGACCUUUGCUGCUGCCUUGGUCCAGUAACUCUGGCUCUACCGUGCACUCCUUGGAUAAAACGGGUACCCCUGGAAAAUGGCAGAUGAAGACCUCAUCUUCCGCCUGGAAGGCGUUGAUGGUGGCCGAUCCUCCAGGGCUGGCCACGACGGGGAAUCUGAAGCAGACAGCGAUGACGAUGAAGGCUAUUUCAUCUACCCCAUCACCGAGGACCCCGGGUCCAACCACAAUGGCAAUGCUAAGGUUAAUAACUACUACAGCAACCUAAAGAAAAGUCAGCAGAACGGCUCCAGUGGGUCCCCGGCCAGCUCCUUCCACUUCAAGGAAGCCUGGAAGCAUGCGAUCGAGAAAGCCAAGCACAUGCCCGACCCCUGGGCCGAGUUCCACCUUGAGGACGUUGCCACCGAACAUGCUACUCGCCACAGGUACAACGCUGUCACUGGGGAGUGGCUGGAAGAUGACGUUCUGAUCAAGAUGGCAUCUCAGCCAUUCGGCCGUGGAGCAAUGAGGGAGUGCUUCAGGACGAAGAAGCUCUCCAACUUCUUGCACGCCCAGCAGUGGAAGGGAGCCUCCAACUACGUGGCCAAGCGCUACAUCGAGCCCGUGGACAGGGACGUGUACUUUGAAGACGUUCGCCUACAGAUGGAGGCCAAGCUCUGGGGGGAGGAGUAUAAUCGGCACAAGCCCCCCAAGCAGGUGGACAUCAUGCAGAUGUGCAUCAUCGAGCUGAAGGAGAGACCCGGCCAGCCACUCUUCCACCUGGAGCACUACAUUGAGGGCAAGUACAUCAAGUACAACUCCAACUCAGGCUUUGUACGCGAUGACAACAUCCGCCUGACUCCACAGGCCUUCAGCCACUUCACGUUUGAGCGUUCUGGCCAUCAGCUGAUCGUGGUGGACAUCCAGGGUGUGGGUGACCUCUACACCGACCCGCAGAUCCACACGGAGAUGGGCACGGACUUUGGAGAUGGCAACCUAGGUGUCCGAGGGAUGGCUCUCUUCUUCUACUCUCAUGCCUGCAACCGAAUAUGCCAGAGCAUGGGCCUCACUCCUUUUGACCUCUCACCCCGGGAGCAGGAUGCAUUGAAUCAGAAUACCAAGAUGCUGCAAUCAGCCAAGACCACCUUAAGGGGGACAGAGGAAAAGUGCGGGAGCCCCCGAGUGAGGACCCUCUCUGGCAGCCGGCCCCCCCUGCUCCUUCGCCUUUCAGAGAACUCUGGAGACGAGAACAUGAGUGAUGUGACCUUCGACUCUCUCCCAUCUUCCCCUUCGUCAGCCACACCACACAGCCAGAAACUGGACCCCCUCCAUUGGCCCAUGUUUGGUGACCUUGAUAACAUGGCACCCAGAGACCACGACCGUCUAGACAACCACCGGGACUCUGAGGCCAGUGGGGAUAGUGGAUACCCCAGUGAAAGGCGGGGUGAGCUGGAUGACCCAGAGCCCCGAGAACAGGGCCACUCAAAUGGCAACCGGAGGUACGAGUCCGAUGAGGACAGCCUGGGCAGCUCCGGACGGGUCUGUGUGGAAAAGUGGAACCUCCUCAACCCCUCCCGCCUCCACCUGCCAAGGCCAUCAGCGGUGGCCCUCGAAGUGCAAAGGCUUAAUGCCCUGGACCUUGAAAGGAAAAUCGGGAAGUCUGUUUUGGGGAAGGUCCAUCUGGCCAUGGUGCGCUACCACGAGGGCGGGCGCUUCUGCGCCAAGGACCAGGAGUGGGACCGCGACUCGGCGCUCUUUCAUCUGGAGCAUGCGGCAGACCUGGGCGAGCUGGAGGCCAUCGUGGGCCUGGGACUCAUGUACUCGCAGCUGCCCCACCACAUCCUGGCUGACGUCUCUCUGAAGGAGACAAAGGAGAAUAAGACGAAAGGAUUCGAUUACUUACUCAAGGCCGCUGAAGCUGGCGACAGACAGUCCAUGAUCCUGGUGGCACGAGCUUUUGACACCGGUCUGAACCUCAGCCCAGACAGGUGCCGAGACUGGCCCGAGGCCCUGCACUGGUACAACACUGCCCUGGAGACAACGGACUGUGACGAGGGCGGUGAGUUCGAUGGGAUGCAGGACGAGCCCCGGUAUGCGCUGCUGGCCAGGGAGGCUGAGAUGCUGGUCACCGGAGGCUGCGGGCUGGAGAAGGACCCGCAGAGAUCAGGGGACUUGUACACCCAGGCGGCUGAGGCAGCCAUGGAAGCCAUGAAGGGCCGUCUAGCCAACCAGUACUAUCAGCUGGCAGAGGAGGCCUGGGCCCAGAUGGAAGGAUAACUUACCAGAACAAUUGCUGCCAGCUAGUCCCAAGCAAAAGGGCUAAGGGGUUGGGAUGGGGGGUGGGUGGGGAGACUUAUUUAGUUUGAGAAGGAAAAGGUAUUUUUCAUGUGCUGUAAAUUGACUUUUGUAUUUUAUUUUAUUUUAUUUUUUUGACUCUUGAAAAAAGGUCUUUGCUACUAGCAGAGACCCUACAGCUGUCCCUUAGGACAGUGUUUUCGGGGAAUGGGGAUUGAAAAAAUGCAGCCUAAUGAACCAUCCUACUGUUAUUGAGAUUCUCUUUUUAUUUUUUACUUCUUGCUUUCUUAUCUUGAGACGUGUCAUACUUUUCCACCAUGGACAAUAUGAGACCCUUGCUCACCAGCCUUUCCAGGCUAGAUUCAAAUCUCAGGCCCUCAGAACCCCGUUUCAAGAAUGGGGAUGGGAAGUGAAGAGCUAACUUCCCAGGGGUGUGUUUUGUCCUGACUUAGUGCACAGCCAUCUUUCUCUGAGCAUUUGGGAGCAUGCAUGGUGUUUUUUGAGUGCACAUGCAGCCUCCCUUCUAUCCUGGGGCAGGGGCCUGCACAUUGAUUAAUUUCUAACGUCAUAGUUUAGUUUCCUCCUGCCCUGAGACUGAUUUUUCUGGAAUUCCAGCCAAAUUCCGUUUUUGAAGCAUGCUUUCUUCCUAUGGGCUUUACAAAACAGGUUUGAUUUUUUUUUUUUUUUGUAUGUACACAUUUACUACCUCUAACUUGUACAUGAAUACUUGGUGUGGAACAGGGUGCAUCUCAAAGCUUUAAUGAAUGAGGACAGCAGCUUGGAAUAUGGGGGACUUUGCUCCAAGCAGCACAUACCCUGCUUCCUAGUGGCAACAUCCACACAGUGACUAAGUGUCCCUGGUGCAGUAUCCCUUAGCAUUUUCUUACAUGAAGCUAUUCUUAUAUAGAAUCUGCUCCCCAGCCCCCACUCUUGGCAUUUUCUGCUCCAAGCUGGGCUGAUUUUCUUGUGAUUUGCAGCUUGGCUGCUUUCAAUAGCAGCCCCUUGAGAUUUACUAAAGAUGUUUGAGGAUGAGAGGGCAAGAACUAUAAACACUCAUUAGUUCUAGAAGUUUCCCCAGGGUCAAGCUACAAUAUCUUUAUUUAAUGAGCUUUCUCCUUACAAGGAGUUCCUAUUUAAUACUAGUGUGAUUUCACUUGUUGUUUCAAAUAGCCAAGAAACUAGACAAUUCAAUCAACCACAAAUGCUAGAGCAGCCUCUUUCUCGAACAAUCAAAGGAUGCAAAGCCAAGUGUAACACACAAGCCACUCUUACUUGUUAAGAUACUCCCUCAGCACUUCAGUUUGGAGCACUGUGUAGUCAUGAACUUGUGCAAACAUUAGAUUCUAAAGUGGGGUGUGCCCUUCAAGGAAAAAUUAAGUCAGCAUUACCUGUGAAAACUCCCCAAGUCCACCCAGAAAUGACAGUAUCCCCAGUUUUUGCACAUGGACUCAUAACAAUUUUCCUUUAGAAGUUGGUACUGAUCACUCUUCUUUCAUCUAUACCAGAUCAGUGGUUAGCUUGCUUUAAAUUUUAUGUGUGUUUUAAACCAGUACCUAUAGUUAAAUUGCAUAUAUUAAAUGUAAGAAGCAACUUUAUUGCCACAUAUUCCUUCAAAGUAAUCAAGCCUUGUGCUUUUUUGUUGGUGGUGCCGUUGUUAAUUCAGACAGCUUCCUUCUUCUCUGAAAUUUUUUUUGAGGGGGGGGGUGGAGGAAUUGGGGAUUGAACCCAGGGGCACUCGACCACUGAGCUACAUUCCCAGCCCUAUUUUGUAUUUUAUUUAGUGUGACAGGGUCUCACUGAGUUGCUUAGCACCUUGCUGUUGCUGAGGCUGGCUUUGAACUCGAGAUCCUCCUGCCUCAGCCUCCCAAGUUGCUGGGAUUAUAGGCGUGCACCACCCUGCCUGGCUUCUCUAAGAUUUUAUUAGACAAAUAAUUUGUCUUUUUGUCCCUUGUAUCUAAUUCUCUAUCAAAAUGGAUAUAUAUAUAUAUAUAUAUAUAUAUAUAUAUAUAUAUAUUUUUUUUUUUUUUUAAAUGAAAGGGCCAGAUAGACCACAUGGCCUUUUUUUGCAGCUACUCAACCCUGCUAUCAAAUUGCAAAACCAGCAAGAGACAAGAUGUAGACAAAUGAAUAUGGUUAGUGUUCCAAUAAAACUUUAUUUAUAAAAACAGGUGGCCCUCUUGGCCUGUAGUUUGUUAACCCUUGACUGAAAGCUACUUCAUUAAGCUGCAAGAACAGAGGUGUAUCAACUUUGUGGCCUCCAGGACUAUUUUUUUUUUUUGGUACUGAGGAUUGAACCCAGGGGCUUUUAACCACUGAGCCACAUCCCCAACCCCCAUCCCCUUUUUUAAAAUUUAGAGACAGGGUCUUGCUGAGUUGCUUAGGCCUUGCUAAGUUGCUGAGGCUGGCUUUGAACUCUAGAUCCUCCUGCCUCAGCCUCCCAAACUGCUGAGUUAACAGGCGUGCACCACUGUGCCUGGCCUCCAGGGCUUUUAAGCAUAGUACCUUAGCAGAGUUGGUUACCAAGUAAGUGCGUGAAUGAAGGGAGGGCCAGCUCCAGUCAUGGAGCUCACUCUGAGUGAUUCCUUGUCUGGAUUUGCUUUAACCAUCAUGCCUACAAUUCCACUCCCCACCCACCCACAUGGCCUUACUGUCAGGAAGUGCUCUCUUUCUCCUCCAGGAGGCUAGGGUGGUCUGCAUGCAGACCAUGAGAAUGAAAAAGGAACUUGCAAGAUGUUGAGAUCCUUCUGAGCUACCAGAAGCACUUAUUCCACCUUUAAAACCUAGGUCUGGGGCUGGGGAUGUAACAGUUGGUAGAGUGCUUGCUUCAAAGGCACAAGGCCCUGGGUUCAAUCCCCAGCACCACAAAAUAAACAAACAAACACAAACCCUAGGUCUGUGUCAUCUGAAGCUGGUUAAGGCAUCUCUCCCUGCAGCAAACCCAAGACAGUCCAGCUCAACUAGAAAGACAGCAGAGACUGUCUUCAAAUUCAAGAGGCAGGUGGAAAUCCAGAUUAGCACAGUUAGGAUUAGCAUCUGUCACCUUCAUUUCACAGAGAAACCACAGGUUCAUGUAGAUUCUGUCACAUGAUACUGCUAGCUAGAGCUGGAGCUAGGAAUUGAGAGAGGCUGUCAUUUAGAGGAUCCUGGGGAUAUAAUUUAAACUAGAAUUCAAUGGCCCAUUCAGGUUUUUGGUGUUUUUGUUUUUUGCCAAGGGAUGGAACCCAGGGGCACUUAACCACUGAGCCACCUCCCCAGCCCUUCUUUGGAUUUUAUUUAAAGACAGGGUCUUGCUGAGUUGCUUAGGGCCUUGCUAAAGUGCUGGGGCUAGUUUUGAACCCACAAUCCUCCUGCCUCAGCCUCCCCAGCUACUGGGAUUAUAGGCAUGUGCCACCGCACUCAGCUUAGUUCUGCCAGAGGUAAAAGAGAAAUAAACAAAUGAGGGCAAGCUUUAUGGGUAUAAGAAGAGAAAAAUCCUCUCAGACCCAAGCACUUUGGAAUAUCACUGCUCCCCUUCUCACCGAGGCAUUCUGGGAAUUUAUCUUCAAUACCACCUUCCAGGUAUAUCACCCUUCUUGCUAUUUUGAUGUUUUUAUUACCUUCCAUCCCAGCUCACUUGCAUGCACAUGUUUUACAAGUCAACAAAUGUUUACAUGAGUAUCUGCAGCUUGGUGGGGGGGGAGACACACCGUGUAUUCUCUGUGGAUUUGGGCCUCUUCCUUGCGUUUCCAGUCUCAGAGGUAACCAUUUCACCUCCUCAAGGUAGACUCAGGGUGGGACCCGGAGAAGUGGCUCUCUGUACAGAUUUAUUUUUGCAUAUGUACUAAGUUGCACUUUGUCUUUCCAAAUAAAAUGGUUUCUUUCUU